AGAUCAUAAAAGAAGAAACUAUUGGCAUGGUAGUAGCCAUAACAAUGGAAGACAGACACUGGGAGGGAGUCAAAAGAAUUUUUAGUAAAUAUGAAGAAAGGUCCCCCAACAAUAGGAUACCACAGAAGUUUUUCAGAAUGAUUACGACAAAGUCUUGGAAUCGUAUAACAAUUAACCAGGCAAUCAGCAAAGCUGAAUCUGGAUCAUUGGCUUCGGCCAUCCAAUGGAUAAGCACAAAAACAAAGCAGACGAAAUGGAUAGAACAAUGGGAUAUGUGCCCAGAUAUUCUAAAGUGGGAAGAGGCAGUUGCUGCCAAUUUUGUACAGCUGUCGGAUUUGGAUGAUUUCUUGGGAUUCAGAAUUCAUCUCCUGAGCAGACAUGAUCUGGACAAGAAGAUUGGACAGGAAAAAGCAAUAUGGUCAAAUCAACAUACAGAUUAA